CCUCCCUCGACCAACACUGAGAUGUUAUAAUAGCAAUGCAGACUCUAUUACGUCCGACUACACAGAAGGCUACUCGUGUCAUCGAACUGUCUGCCAACAUGGACCUCAAGCAUCCAGCACGUUUCCACGCUCUCAUUCCCUAGCCACGAUCUCAUCAUCCUCCCACUGGGGCUGAAUGUCCAUGCUGACAGUCUGACGUUGAGUUCCGCCCUACAAACAUGGGUUAAACCAAAACAGCUAGCAAAGGGGCUGAUUGCGCGCCGGCAGCGGCAGAGGCUUGUUGAUCUCAGAUCUGGAGUUGUUGGACAACCAACUUUAUCUUUUCCCCCUUUCCAGCGCCCACGCUGCAUCCUGUCCUCGAGACGUAUUUUCUACUCUCUGCCAUGCGUCAUACAGUUGUUAUCGUGCUGGCAACAACAGCAGCAUUAGCCAGCGCCCAGGAAUACUCCUACUGGGCGUACCCACCAGAAAACUACACCGAGACAGCACCUCACGGAUAUGACCCGGCUUUCGAAAUUUGCGGAACCACGUGCGAAUCCUGCGAGAAGGAGGCGGAAGAGUGCUUCUCGCUGCAAUAUUCGAACGUUUGCUAUGAGCCGAAGAGGGGGGAACACUGCUGCCGAGAUUUAUAUGGGACUUCCUGCGUAGAAGGAUACUACUGCGCAUACAAUGGCACACAAGCCGGCUACUGCUGCGCCGAUGGAACCUCCCUCGAAGACUGCGGCGCCCUCUUCAACCAAUCCCUAACCUCGACCGAAGUCAACAUUCCCACAACCAUAAUCGUAACCAAACUCAUGACCCCGACCAACACACCCGCCAGCACCGCCUCCUCAACCCGCCUCCACAAACCCACCAUCUCCGCCCGACCCCUCGACCAAAUCACGCAAAAGACCAACGAAACGGGCCUCUCCACCGCAAUGAAAGUCGGCAUCGCCAUCGGCGUCGUCGCCCUCGUAGGCCUCCUCGCGACAGCUAUAACGUUCCUCGUUUUGCGCCGCAAGAGAGGCGAGGCACAGUAUACACCGACUCCGGGCGGGCAUGUACCGCCCGGAGCGCCGUCUUUUGCAGCGCCGCCGUCGGAGUUUGGGAGUCGCGAAUCGGCGUACGAGCCUAUGCGGUCGGCGGACGCAUCGACGACGUCGGAGUACUACAACAAGCGGGCAUCGAGCGCGUCGCUGUAUCGAGAUGCUUCGCCCGCGCCAGAGGAGCGGGGGUUACCGCUGGUGGAGAUGCCGGUGAAUGAGAUGCCCGGGGUGGAUCCGGAUUCUAACCGGAGGCGAAUGGAUUGAAGGAAGGGCGCAGUGCCGGACUUCCAGCAUGACGCAUCAUAGACAUUGAUUCACGCGCUUCGAUGAUAGUUUUGAGAUUUAGCUUGGGGAAGCGGUUACAUAUGCAAGAUAAUGAGUAUAUAUAGGAUAUUUGACCUUCAACAUCUC